CAUAACGCACAGUGCAAUUUGUAGGAUUGUCUAUUUGUUGCGCGCUGCGAGACAACCUCCCGCCGAUAUUCCGUGCAAAUAAGGACGCCUGCCCGUAGGAUGCCUAGCAAGCGCGCAGUCCUUAUUGGGUGCAAUUACCCAGGCACCAAUGCGGCGCUCCGCGGUUGUAUCAAUGAUGUAUGGGGAAUGAAGGCCAUCCUCGAAGAGUUCUUUGGCUUUGGACCUUCUGAUAUCACUAUCCUUAUUGAUACGGAUCCCCAGUAUCUUAAGCCUACCGGGAAGAACAUGAAGGCUAAAAUUAGCGAAAUGGUUGCUGCCGCUCAAGAUGGCGAUGUUUGCGUCUUGCACUUCUCGGGCCAUGGCACCCAAAUUCCAAGCUAUGGAGGCGACGAAAAGGAUGGCAAGGACGAGGCGAUCUGCCCAACUGACAUGAACGUAAUAUGCGAUGACGACCUGCGGGCGCUCCUGAAGCCGCUGGAGGCCAAGCCAGGCGUCAAGUUCACCUUUAUUGCAGACUGCUGCCACAGCGGCACCUUGCUAGAUCAUGAGACCGUCCAGAUUAGCGGGCCCAAGGACGGUGCGCCGCGGCCGCCGCAGAUUGACAUGGGUGUGCUGUCGAGCCUGUUUGGGACAUUGGGCCAGCCGGACGGUCGGGACUUCAAAAAUCGGGCUUUGCCGUUCAAUGACCUGUGCGGCAUGCUGAGCGAGCUGCUGGGAGGCGCUCCGGUGGAUGCGCGCAAUGUCCGGUCCAAUCUAGGGACGUUGUUUGCUGGGGACGCGAGCGCGAAGGUGCAGCAGUUCAUGCAGGUGUUCCAGAUGUUCACCGCAGGCCAGAAGGAGGGAGGGGGCGCAGGCGGCGUGCCGGCCAUGGGCCUUUUGCAGCUGCUCUGCGCCUGCCUGGCGCCGUCUGCUGACCAGGGCUCGGGCGGUCCGACCGGGCAACCGGCCAAUGCAAACAGUGGCCCCGGUGCCACCUACGCCGUUGGGAAUCUGAACGAGCCGGACUUGAAGAUCAACUUGCCGACACCUGGAACUAAGCCGCCCGGCGACCAGCAGCUGUCGUCGGAUGUGGGUAUCCUCAUCACUGGCUGCCAAUCCCACGAAACUAGUGCAGACGCCUGCCCAAGCGGCAACCCGGAUAAGGCCCACGGUGCGCUGUCCAACGCAAUCCAAACUGUCGUACGGACCCAUCAUCAGCAGAAUCCCGGCCAGCCUUUGACGUACAGGAACCUGGUCAUUAGCGUGCGCGAGCUGCUGGCCAAGACCGGCUUCGCUCAGAAUCCCUGCCUGGAGUGCAGCGAUACCAAUGCGGAUACCCCGUUCAUUAUGCAUUAGAUGGAACGCAACCCUCCAACAGUAUUGGCCAAAAAUGGCUGGCGGACAGCCUGUGGGUCGUUGUGGCGGGCUGUAUGGUUUUGUACGGUACGGCUCUACACUGGUCCCUGAAGAGCCCGGGGUCCUUUCCAGGGAGCGAAUGCAAUUAUAGAGACGAGUGCGCAAGUACGUGGGCAUGCACUCAGGUCGGUGAGACAUGGGAGUCUUCCUGACCUCGUAGGUGGUUUGCUUCGGCUGCUACACAAGCUUUUGUGCGCAAUUUCUGCACGACACGCGUCAGUGACUACGGUUAUUCUUUCUGGUAGUACCAUUGCUUGACAUUUGACUUCGUUGCGACGCUGCUCAUUGCCUGACAGGCCGGCUGGACGUCGCUUGCCCUGUAGUUCAGGCCUGGCCAUAACUAUAUGUUGCUGUGCUGAGAUAUCUUGAACCGAAAUAGGUUGGACGGCCCACUCGUGUCCCGGUGAGCUUCCGUAUGGAGCUGCUCCACAGUGGGGAGGGGCCCCUAAUUCCACCAUGCACGUCUUUGCGCCCGCCAUAGGAUCCGCUUUUCGGCUGCAUUGCAUAAAGAUAACUUUGAACGCUUUAUUAGUGCCCUUAUUGGGCAUAUACACCAUAGCGUUGCGCUGGCAGAUGCCAGAGAGGGGAAUAUGUGUGGAUACAAUGUAUAUCGUGCACGAGAUACACGUUGCGUACUGUUGUCAUUGGCUACGGUUGACCUCUCGAGCUUGCGGACGUGCUUACUUCGACUUGGGGGUAAUAUAAUGUCUACAGCUUGCCCAGUCUAUGGGCGUAGCAGGAGAAAAGGGUUUAGCGAUGUCCUAAUGCUACGUGCUGCGUGCCGGUACAGACCACUUGUUCAUCCUUUCCAGGCCUGUGCCUAUAACAGCGACAAGCCAUUUGCCCUUUCGCUCGGUUUCUUUGCAUUACGGUAUAGAAACUUGGUAACCCGCUGUAAUAACAAAACUACUC